CUCGAGAUGCGGUGCGCCGGGCUGUCCUUUGCCGUCUCAAGCAGGCCAGCGACGCGCCGCCGUAUCAGGUUCUGCAUGAGGCCCCAUUGUUGCACCUUGGAGAGACGUUGCGCACCGAAACGCACUUUGCACGCGCCGUGGUUGGCCGAUGCGCCCGUCGGGCUCGUGAAGCUAAAGGCCACUGAGAUCUCCGCGUCCGCAUUGUCGUCGAUGGUACACUCGACGUGGAUCAGACACUCUUCGUCCCUUGCGUGAACCACGAGGGCGUGCGUCAUCUGCAGGUCCGGGAUUUCGAGAUGGGAGCCCUCGCCGGCAGGACCCGUGCAUGUCAAGAGAUGGGAUGCCGCCGCGUGCGCCAUCUCCACGAACACGCUGGCCGGGCAGAGCACCACACCGCCCACGAUGUGUCCUUGUAUGGCCGUUGUCAGCUCGGGAUGCGUCGUGCUCAAAGUGAACCUCGCCCUCGUCUUUCCGCCGUUCGAGCCGAGGCUAUGCAGGCGUUGCAGGAAGGCGUACGGCAACGUCCGCUGCGAAGGCGCUUCUGCCACCACCUCGGUACCCUGUAUCGCACGUUUCGUCUUAUACGGCGCCCAGUACGUCUUGGUAUCGAACGCGUAUACGGGCAAAUUCAGAGGCUUUAGACCGGGCUCAAGGUCCCGGUAGUAUUCGCGUCAGUCGACGGGUAGGCCUGCCACAUGGAGCGCGGCGAGGCACUGCGAGAAGCUUCCAAAGCCGUCCUGGCCCUGAUGGAGAGCAUACAAGGUGGCCAUCUCCCUGUUGGUGCCGGAUUUUGCCAUGAGGGCCGAGUUCGAGGGCCAAUGUGUUCGCCUGGGGCAGCUUCCGAGCCUCGCACGCGCGCACUGCGCCGAGGAAGUCGACCGGCUCGCGCAUCUGGCAGCGGAGGUACGCUGCAUCAAAGACGUCAGCGUCGCCAGCGCGAACGACCUCAUCGAGCAAAGUAGACGCGACGGGGAUGCGGG